AUGUUAGAAUAUUAAAACUUUGAAAAUUAGCAAUAAGAAUUAUUGGAAUGUUAUACAAAUAAAAAAGGAAUUACAACAUAUUUAUUUACUUGGUUAAAUUAAUUUGUUUAAAUACAUUAAAGAAAUUUAGAAUAGAAAGAAGUUUUCAAUAUAAAUCCUGAAGAAAGUAUUGAAUAGUAGAGCUUAAAAUUUGAAUUAAAUAAAGAAAACUUAAUGUUUUCUUUAAUAAAAAGUUAUCCUACAAAAUGGAUAUGCAUUAUUUUAUUGAAAGUAGGAAUAAUGGGAAUUUUAUUAUUGAAUCCUAUUUUGAUAAAUCAAAUAAUUGAACUAUUUGAUUCUCCUGAAUUGGAGUUUUGGUAAUUUAUAAAGACAACAUCACUUUUUAUAGGUUGGAUUAUGUCUAUUUAUAUAUUAAUUUCAAUUUUAAGUUUUUACUAAGUAAAGUUUUAUUUUUAAUUUAUAGAAAUAAGUGUAAAUAAAAGUGUAAGCAGCUUUAGCUUCAAUACUAUAUAAAAAAUUAUUUAGUGCAUGUUUGCCAUUGCCUUAAUAAGCAGAGAUAAUAAAUUUAUUUUAAAUUGAUAUUCCAUAAAUAACAAUGUUGUUUGAUUGUGGAGUAUCAUUAUUUUUAACACCUUUUUAAAUUUGUGGAGCAAUUUACAUAUAUUUUGAGACUGUUGGUAUAGCAGCAUCUUUUGGUUUGAUUGGAAUGUUUAUUUAAGUAGGGAUUUCUUUGAUUUAUGGAAGCAUUUAUUCUAGGUUGAUAAUAAAAAUAUAAUAGAUUAUAAAAAAAGAUUAUGACCUCUAGAGACAAUCGAGUUUCAAAUAUGGAUGAAUUAUUAAAAGGCAUUUUGACAAUCAAAUAAAAUUGUUAUUAUAAAUUCUUUUUUAAUCGGGUAAGAAUAAUUAAAUAUUAUAAUAAUAGAUUAAAGAUAAGAGAUAAAUUGAGAUGUCUAAUAUAGCUAUACAAUAGAAAUUAUCUUUUAUUGUGAAAGCUUUAUUUUCAAUAGUUCCAGUUGGAGUUUUAUAUUUCACUAUGAAGUUUUUCAAUAUAUUUAAUUUAAAAUCAGUAUUAAUGGUUACAUAGAAUUAUGCUUAAUUAAUAUAGUCUGUUAAUUUUAUACCUACUAAUUUAGGUUAAGUAUUAAUGGCUAAAACAUCAAUUAAAAGAUAUAUGGAUUUCAUUUCAGCUUUAGAUGUAGAAUAAUAAUAAUAAUUGAUACAUGGAUAAUAAGUAUACAUUCUACAAAUGGAAGGAGAUUUUAAAUGGAGAGACUCAAAUAAUUCAUUUAAAUUAAAGAAUAUGAACAUUUAAAUAGAAAAAGGGGAAUUUAUAGUAGUAGUUGGAAAGAAUGGAUCAGGUAAAAGUUCUUUAUUAUAUUGUUUACUUGGAGAAUUAGAAAAGAUAAAUGAAGAUUCAUUUAUAAUUUUAGAGGGCAAAGUAUCAGUAGCAUAAUAAGAGCCUUUUUUAAUAUAAGGAACUAUUAAAUAGAAUAUUAUUGAUGAAUCAAAUUUAGAGAUGGAUAGGUAUCUUGAAAUAAUAAAAACAACUUAAUUAUUAGAGGAUAUUCUUAGAAUGGAAAGUGGACAUAAUAGUGAAGUUGGAGAAGAUGGAUAAUCAUUAAGUGGAGGAUAAAGAAAAAGAAUUCAUUUAGCAAGAACACUUUAUAGACAUAGUGAUAUUUAUUUAUUAGAUUGUCCAUUUGAAUCAUUAGAUCAUAAAACUGCAAAGAAAUUAAUGGAUGAAUUGUACUAAAUUAGUUAAAAAGAAAAGAAAACAAUAAUUUUAACAUGCCAUGAUGUAAGGUAGAUAAAAAUGUGUGAUAGAAUAAUUCAUCUUGAAGAUGGAUAAAUCAUAUAUAAUGGUAGUUUAGACUAAUUUAAAGGGAAAUCUAUGUCAAAAGAUUUAGAUUAUAUGGAUUUAAUAGAAAAUUAAGAGAUUAAAUAAGUUGAAAUAAUUAAACAAUCAAAUGAACAAUUAUAUAAUUUAAUUGAUAAAAAGUAAAUAAUGGUAAUAGAGAACGAAGAUAAAUCAUUAGGAAGUUUACAAUUAGAGAUUUUUAAAUAUCUUUAUUAAUUAUUUGGAAGAUAUUAGACUUUAAUUUUAAUAAUGAUCUUUUGUAUAUUAGGAAUGUGUUGUUCAACAUUUUAUCAAUUAAAGUUUAAAUCUAUUAGUGAGAUUUCUAAUUCAUAACAAUCUACUGAAGAUUAAAAAUCAAAGGCAGUUGAAUAAUUUCUAUUAGUUUAUCCACUAUCUCAUAUUUUAAUGGCCAUAUUAACACUUUUUAGUGGAAUAUUUCUAACAUUGAAAGGUGUAGCAGCAUCAAUGCUUCUUCAUAAUAACAUUAUUAAUAAUUUAUUAAAAGCAUCAGUGACUGAAUUUUAUAAUGUUACUUUGGGUAGUAUUAUAAAAAAUAGAAUGACAAAUGAUCUUUUUUAAUUUGGUAUUAUUUAAUUUAUAUUAGAUUAGAUAUGAAUACUCCAUCUUUAAUAUCUUCUUUAUUUGAUAGUGUAUUCAGUUUUAUGGCAUCAAUGUUAGGAUGCUUAUUUUUAUCAAGUGCUUUAUCUUAUCCAGUUUUAAUUUGUUAUUUGCUACUACAAACACAAUAUCUUAUUAAAUACCUUAGAAUUAAUUUAGAAAUAUCAAGAUUACAAGCUAUUUCUAAAUCACCAUUAUUAAAUACUUUAACUUAAACUCAUUAAGGCAUCUUAUAUAAUAGACAUUGUAAAGAUAUUUUCAAAUAAAUUACUUUUUUCUAUUAAUAAUUCAAUAUUUAUACAUAGAAUUUUCUUUGUUCUGCUGCUUUACAUUCAUGGUUUAUCUAAAUCACAUGUUUUCUAAUGUUGAUCAUGUACUUGUUUAUUCUAAUUGUCAAUGUAUUAUUUUAUUAUAAUAAUGUAGUAUAUUUACAAAAUUGAUAACAAAGAAUCGGCAACUAUAUCUAUGUUUUUAGCUGUAAGUCUUGGAGAAAAAUUUACUAGUUUAACUUUAUCAUUUUAAUCUUUUUAUUCAAAUAAUGUAUAUUUUGAAAGAUGCUUAUCAUUAAUAAAGAAUAUUGCUAAAGAAGAUUUAUCAAAUUAAUAAUAUAGUGAUUAUGAAAAUCCUAUGGAUAUUAAAGAUGAUCAUAUUUAAUUAAGUAGUCAUGAAAACUAAAAAAAUUAAAUUGAAAUGAUAACCAUAAAAUCUGUAGAUAAUAAUUAAGAAUUUAAAGAACAAUUUAUUCUUGAAUUAANUUUACAAUUAGAGAUUUUUAAAUAUCUUUAUUAAUUAUUUGGAAGAUAUUAGACUUUAAUUUUAAUAAUGAUCUUUUGUAUAUUAGGAAUGUGUUGUUCAACAUUUUAUCAAUUAAAGUUUAAAUCUAUUAGUGAGAUUUCUAAUUCAUAACAAUCUACUGAAGAUUAAAAAUCAAAGGCAGUUGAAUAAUUUCUAUUAGUUUAUCCACUAUCUCAUAUUUUAAUGGCCAUAUUAACACUUUUUAGUGGAAUAUUUCUAACAUUGAAAGGUGUAGCAGCAUCAAUGCUUCUUCAUAAUAACAUUAUUAAUAAUUUAUUAAAAGCAUCAGUGACUGAAUUUUAUAAUGUUACUUUGGGUAGUAUUAUAAAAAAUAGAAUGACAAAUGAUCUUUUUUAAUUUGGUAUUAUUUAAUUUAUAUUAGAUUAGAUAUGAAUACUCCAUCUUUAAUAUCUUCUUUAUUUGAUAGUGUAUUCAGUUUUAUGGCAUCAAUGUUAGGAUGCUUAUUUUUAUCAAGUGCUUUAUCUUAUCCAGUUUUAAUUUGUUAUUUGCUACUACAAACACAAUAUCUUAUUAAAUACCUUAGAAUUAAUUUAGAAAUAUCAAGAUUACAAGCUAUUUCUAAAUCACCAUUAUUAAAUACUUUAACUUAAACUCAUUAAGGCAUCUUAUAUAAUAGACAUUGUAAAGAUAUUUUCAAAUAAAUUACUUUUUUCUAUUAAUAAUUCAAUAUUUAUACAUAGAAUUUUCUUUGUUCUGCUGCUUUACAUUCAUGGUUUAUCUAAAUCACAUGUUUUCUAAUGUUGAUCAUGUACUUGUUUAUUCUAAUUGUCAAUGUAUUAUUUUAUUAUAAUAAUGUAGUAUAUUUACAAAAUUGAUAACAAAGAAUCGGCAACUAUAUCUAUGUUUUUAGCUGUAAGUCUUGGAGAAAAAUUUACUAGUUUAACUUUAUCAUUUUAAUCUUUUUAUUCAAAUAAUGUAUAUUUUGAAAGAUGCUUAUCAUUAAUAAAGAAUAUUGCUAAAGAAGAUUUAUCAAAUUAAUAAUAUAGUGAUUAUGAAAAUCCUAUGGAUAUUAAAGAUGAUCAUAUUUAAUUAAGUAGUCAUGAAAACUAAAAAAAUUAAAUUGAAAUGAUAACCAUAAAAUCUGUAGAUAAUAAUUAAGAAUUUAAAGAACAAUUUAUUCUUGAAUUAAAUAAUGUUUCACUAUAAUACAAAAAUGCAAAUGUUUUAACAGAUAUUUCAUUCAAAUUAAAAUAAAGAUAAAAGGUAAAAUCAUAUAUAUUAUAAUUCAAAGAUAGCAAUCCUUGGUAGAACUGGAGCAGGCAAGACCAGUCUUAUCCAUUGUAUCACAAGAUUAGUUGAACCUUCUUAAGGAUCCCUAAAAGUAUUUGAAUAAGACAUUAGAAAUACAAAUAUAAACAGAAUUAGGUCAUUAUUUUCUGUUGUCUCUUAAGAUCCUUUUGUAUUUGAGGGAUCGAUUAAGUAAAAUAUUGAUCCAAAUAACUUUUACAAUCCAAUCGAAAUCAUCAGAAUCUUAACGAAAUAUGGAUUAUCUUAAGUGAAAUUAUUAGAAAAUUUAUAAUACAGAGUUUUACCUCAUGGUUCUAAUCUUUCAUUAGGAGAAAAACAAUUACUUGUUUUAUGUCGAACAUUAUUAUAAAAAAGAAAUAUUGUGAUUUUAGAUGAAUGUACUGGAAAUCUUGACAAUUAAUAUUGUUAAUAAAUUAAUCUAACUCUUGAUUUAUUUAUGAAAGUAUUAUUCAUUUUUAUUAUUGGUAGGAUAAAACUGUAAUUGCAAUCACGCAUAAAUUAGAAUUAUUGGAUAUGUUUGAUCAAAUUAUGAUUAUAGAUAAGGGGAAAAUAGUAGCAUUUGGUUCAAAAUAAGAAGUUAUGAAUUUGUAUUUAAAUUAGAAGGUUGAUUGA